AUGAAGGAACUAGAGGAAGACUUGCUAGAGAUUUUACAGGAAUUUGAAGAUGUUGCAUUACCAACACUAACAAAGCCAACAGAGGGUCAGGGGUGCAUUGUAAUUGAUGAAAUUGGAAAAAUGGAACUAUUUAGCAGCAGUUUCAAGUCCAAGAUAAAAGAAAUUUUCAAUCCAUGCUCAAACAACAUAGUGCUAGCUACGAUACCAAUAAGAAAAAGUGAUGACUUGAUAGAGUCAAUAAGAAAUAACAAUAAAUCUAAGAUAUGGCUGGUAACAAGGGAGAAUAGAAGUACAAUUCAUGAGAACAUUUUGAGGGAAAUGCAGAGUGUUUUAAAGUUU